AUGCCCACCGUUGCUAUCGCUCACAAUGCCAAAGGCUACGACGGGCAGUUCAUACUCGAGGAACUGUGUCAGAGGGAAGAGAAAAUCGAACCUGUUUUACAAGGUUGCAAAAUACUGUUUGCAAAAGUUAAGGGAGUCACAUUUCUUGACUCGCUUUCCUUUAUUCCCUUCCCUCUGUCACAAUUCUCAAAGAGUUUUGGAUUGCCCGAAUGUGAUAAGGGAUAUUAUCCCUACAAAUUCAAUACCACGGAAAACCGCUCUUACAUUGGACCUCAUCCUCCAAUUGAAAUGUACCCAAUCGAAUCCAUGUCCACACAGCAAUAUGCCGAGUUUCUAGAAUGGUAUGAUCAAGUCAAAGAACUCCCCUUUGACAAUCGCAAAGAACUUAUCCAUUACUGCCGCCAAGAUGUUAAAAUCCUGAUGAAAGGAUGCCUCAACCUUAUGCAUUCCUUUAUCGAAACCACAUCCUUGAAUCCUUUCUUGCAGGCUAUCACCAUAGCUGACGCUAGCAAAAUUUCUUUGAAAUGGCUCGUGUAUAUUAAGGAAACUUCCGAUCCUAACAUAAAGUAUGAGGUCAAAAUUCGCGGCUCUCGAUAUAUUGCUGAUGGGUAUGAUGAGGCGUCUAACACUGUGUAUACUUUUGAGGGCUGUUUCUUCCAUGGGCAUACAUGCUUUUUAAAUACAGGGCAUGCAUUCUCGAAAAAGCCCAAUGAUAACAUGCAGAGUCGUUAUGAGGCUACUCUAAACCGAUUGGAUCACAUUCGUCAAUUGGGGUAUAAUCUUGUUUCAAUAUGGGAGUGUGAAUUCCGUCGGAUGUUAGAAUCGGACCCUGUGCUUGCGGAGAGACUGAACAAUCAUCCUGAAGUCGUAGACUCGGGAUUUGAUUUACGAUCAGCGGUUUACGGGGGCCGAACUGAGGUUUUCCGCACAUAUUACAAAUGUCGCCCCGGGGAUAAAAUUUAUUACUAUGACUCCACGUCACUCUACCCGUGCAAUAACCGACUCUUCUUCCCUCUCUGUCGAAAAUGUGCAGAAAAUCUUAAUACUGAUCGAAGUCUCCAUUCAGACGAUGAGAGAUCCCUCACAGGAAUAUGGUCCAUUGAUGAAGUCCGUCUCGCAGUUGAUCACGGCUACGUGAUCACCAAGUGCUUUGAAGUCUGGUCAUACAGAACUUCACAAUACAAUCGCGAGACGGGUGAACGUGGACUGUUUGCUGAUUACGUCGAUAAUUUUCUCAAAAUUAAGCAGGAAGCUAGUGGAUGGCCCUCGGGAGUUGAAUCCGAGUCUGAUAAAGAUAAUUAUAUCCGCGAAUUCUUUGAAAAUGAGGACUACGGAUAUUCUGCAAAGCAAUUAUCACCUCACGGUGGUUCGGUGAUUGAGCAGGGCAAAGCACGUUUGUGUGAGUGUUAG